UUUACGACACCGCACACCGUGUUUGCGGCAUCGUACGCUUCGGCUUGCGGCAGUGUCAUGGCGGCUUACGCGGUCGGUUUUGAAAGCACAGGCAGCAUCGAGGAGAAAAGAGAAUUAAAGCGCAAAGCGCGAGAGGAAAUUCUCCAAAAGGCCAAGCGUCAGUAUGAGGAAGACGAGCGGCAAAAGGAACAGAGGAAGGCUCGGGGUGAGGACACCUGGAUGCUCCCAGACGUUGAGCAGCGACUGAAGCAGAUCAGUGAGGAUAAUUCCAUAAAGGGCAAGAAGAAGAAGAAAGAGAAAUCCAAGAAGAAGAAAAAGGAGAAGAAGAAGAAAGUGAAGAAAGAGAAGUCCAAAACCCAUGACGAGGACGAGCGCUCGGCCGAAAGCUCCGAGGACUGUGAUGAUUGGGUGGAGGCUCCGCCCCUAUCAGGAACUGUGGGUAAAGCAUGGAAGGUCUCGGACCAGACACAGACCCCAAGUAUCUCCACCAGUACUGACCAACAGAGAGAUGAGUGGAUGACCUUCGACUUCCUGGCACUGAAGACGACGUCGGUUGCCGAGCGACGAGCAGAGAAGGAGGCGGCUAAAGGGGCCGAACGUGAAAAAGCCAAGAGCCUCGAACAGGCUGGCCUUCACAGACUGGAGCUAAAUCCUUAUUGGAAGAAUGGAGGGACUGGACUACCCCCAGAGGAAGGCACCAGUACUGCAGUUACUAAAGCUGUGGUGGAUGAUGGGGGACGAAGCUGGCUGAUGAAGUCAUAUCAGAGGAUGAAGGAGCAGGCGGAGAGAGAGAAGCGCAACCUGGAUGACGUGGUGGCCGAGAGAUACGGGUCCAUGGAGCAAUUUCAGAAGAGACUGAAGGAAGCAGAAGAGGCCGCCAUGCCACGGAGGAGAGAAGAAAGAGACAUAGGGAGGAAAGGAGAGAGAGAGGAAAGGAGACAAGGGUGGAGGAGAGAGACAGACAGAGAGAGAGACUGGGACAGGGAAAGGCGCUGGGAAAGACAGAGGGACAUAGGUAGAGACCGGUGUACAGAAAGAGACGAGGACAGAAGACAAGACAGGGACAGAGGAAGAGACGAAGACAGACGACAAGACAGGGACAGAGAAAGAGACGAAGACAGACGACAAGACAGGAACAGAGAGAAGGAUAUUGAAAGAGAGAAGGACAUGACUAGGAACCAAGGGACAGGGAGAGAUAGAGGACGUUUCCUUAAACCCUCUGACUCUGAAGACUUUCUGUCUCUGGGGGCGGGCUAUAGGAGGCCUGGAUUGACAGCCUCCUCAUCCAGUCACAGCACAGGAAAGUUCCGGAAACCUGGAGAUGAUGAUGAUGAUGUCAUCCCAUCGAGAAAGAGGGAAGAGAUGAAGGAAGGAGUGAAAGAAAAGGAGGGGUCAGGGACACCAAAGAGGGAGGAAGAGAGGAGGACUUCACCGGUCCAGAAGAGCAGCUCCGAGAGUGAAGAGGAAGAGGAAGAAGAAGAGGAAGUGCGGCUCCUGACAGAUGAGGAGAUGAAUAAACUCGGGGCCAAACUUGUCAAGGCCGAGCUCAUGGGGAACACGGCUCUUAUGGACUCUCUGAAAGCUCAGCUAGAAGCUGCACGGAAAGCGAGAGAGACUCAAACUCACAAACCCAAACAGGUGUCUAUGCAGCAGGAGGCGGAGCAGGAAAUGAUCUUGUUCAGAACGGACCAAUCAGGACGAGCGUGGCCGGUGAGCGGCCCGUCCCAGCACGUGGAGCCAAAAGGAGGGCGGAGGAAGAAGAAAGCGAUCGAGACCCAUGUCUCUGGCGAGCGUGUGCGUUACUUUGCAGAUGAUGACCGUCUGGAUCUGAAAGAGAUGGUGCGGAGGGAGAAGAUGACCUCAUCACAGGACCAGAACGCUCUCUACUCACGUAUGGCUGCUAAGAUGAUGGGCAAGCAGGAUGGUGAUAACUACACAUUAGACGACAUGUUCGUAUCGAGCGCAGCGCAGAGAGAAAGGGACGGGCUCGACGAGGAGAGAGCGAGGGCCCGAGCGAUGGGGGAGGGGCGGAGCCUCGCCGCACGAAUGGAUAAAUGCCCAUUCUGCUUCAGCAACAGCGAACUGCCCAAACACCUGGUGGUGGCUAUUGGGGCAAAGGUGUAUCUUUCCCUUCCUAACGGUGUCUCGUUGACUGAGGGACACUGUUUCAUCGCUCCACUGCAGCACCACUGCUGUGCAACUCGCCUUGAUGAGGAUGUCUGGAGUGAAGUACAGGUGUUCCGCAAGUCUUUGGUUCAGAUGUUCCAUUCUCUUGGUCUCGACUGUGUGUUUUUGGAAACUCACCUGAACCCUAAGAAGCGAAUGCACAUGCUGUACGAGUGUGUUCCUCUUCCGCGGGAGCUUGGAGAUAUGGCACCUGUUUACUUCAAGAAAGCCAUCAUGGAGUGUGACGAGGAGUGGGCGAUGAAUAAGAAAGUGGUGGAUCUGUCAUCCAAGAACAUCAGACAGGCUGUUCCUCGUGGUUUGCCAUACUUCUCUGUGGAUUUCGGGUUGCAGGGAGGAUUUGCUCACGUUAUCGAGAAUCAGGACAAGUUUCCACAUUACUUUGGGAAAGAAGUCCUUGGCGGGAUGUUGGACCUGGAACCACGACGAUGGAGGAAGCCGAUCAGAGAGAACUUCGACGAUCAGCGUAAGAAGGUCCUUCAGUUCUCCCAAUGGUGGAAACCCUUCGACUGCACCAAGAGCCAAUAAGAGAUCCGUGUUCACCUUGGGGGCGGGGUCAAGAUCAGAGCUUCAGCGUCCAACGUCCAGGAGUUCUGGCAGUCUGUCGUGUUUAUAAUCGGAUGUAUUUCAUGAACGCUGCAUUAUUGAGCUGUUUAAUAUAAUGGAACAUUAAAGUGGUGUUGAUUAUUAUAAA